CCCUUCCCCAGCACCCCCUCCUUCGUGAUUCACCUCACUCACUCAGAAUAGCCCGUUCAAAAAUUACCCAAAUUAAAACCCUAGCUUCUUCAAUGGUUCUGCCGCCGCUGUCCGUGGUUGUCAGCGUCUCCACUCCCUCCUCCUUCCCCCGUCCCCAUCUCCCGUGGCUUCUCUAUUUGAGGAUUCAAGCUGCUCGCCGUCGUGUGGUUCGUCGUCUGUGGUUUGUUUCGGCGCUCGUUGUCGUCUCUUUGUCGUCCUGCUCUCUGUCAAAGCAAUCGCUCAGACGUGAUAAUUUUCAAUCUCGCCAGCAUGCAUUAUUGGUCCCAAAGGAGGAAGACUACAUUGAAUGGUUUAAAAAUGCUGGCUUCAAAGACGUCAAGCUUAAAAGGAUAGGUCCAAAGUGGUACCGUGGUGUGCGGAGGCAUGGUUUGAUCAUGGGUUGCUCUCUGAUUAGUGUGAAGCCAUUUUGCGGAGACUCUCCCUUCAAGCUUGGUCUAAAGGUAGAGGAUGUGAAGAAGCCUCUUAAUCCACUUGUGUUUCUUUCUCGAUUAAUUCUUGGUGCAAUUGCAGCCAGUUAGUCGAGAGGCAUUUGCUUCAAAUUUUAGGAUUAAUGUUUCUGACUUGAUUAACUUCUUUGUUUUCUAUCCCUUAUAAUUGUUACUUGUAUCUAUGAAAAAAAAAAAAAGGAGAAUACAUGGCAGGUUUUCAAGUUAUGCCGAUUAUCAUUGAUUAUAUGUAGUGCAUUUUUAUUGUUUGAUAUUAAUUAAUCUUAUAAGAUUUAAUUUCUUUGUGCUAUCUUUUUAAA